GGCGGGCGGCGGCGGGCGCCGGGCAAGCGGUCGGGCGUCGCGGCGCAGAUCAUCCACUCGGGCCACUUCAUGGUGUCGUCUCCGCACAGCGAGCACCCGCCCAAGAAGGGCUACGACUUCGACACCGUCAACGAGCAGACCUGCCAGACGUACCGCUUCGGCGCGGCCGCGGGGGCCGGCGGGGGAGGCGGCGCGGCGGGCGACGGCGGCGGGGGAGGCCGCCUCAGCAUCGACGCCUCGCUCACGAAGCUCUUCGAGUGCAUGAGCCUCGCCUACAGCGGCAAGUUGGUUUCACCCAAGUGGAAGAAUUUCAAAGGCCUGAAGCUUCAGUGUAGGGAUAAAAUCCGACUCAACAACGCCAUCUGGAGGGCUUGGUACAUUCAGUAUCUGGAGAAGCGGAAGAACCCCGUGUGCCACUUUGUGACGCCCCUGGACGGUUCUGUGGAGGUAGAUGAGCACCGGCGCCCUGAGGCUAUUGCAACAGAAGGGAAGUAUUGGAAGCGGCGGAUAGAAGUAGUAAUCCGAGAGUACCAUAAGUGGAGAACCUACUUCAAAAAAAGGUUGCAAAAACAUAAAGAUGAAGACCUCUCCAGCUUGGUCCGGGAUGAUGACAUGUUCCUCUGGCACAAAGAGACAUACGGCAGGGAAACACCAGUCCCUAUGGAACUGGACUGCCUCUUCAGCACAGACAUGCUUAUGUCGGAGCUGCCAGACACCCUCUUCUCCACACUGUCGUCUCACCAGCCGGUCUCUUGGCCAAAUCCCAGAGAGAUAGCACACUUAGGAAAUGCUGACAUGAUUCAGCCAGGACUCAGCCCUCUCCAACCAAACUGUAUGGAUACUUUUGAGUUUUUUCAAGAUCUUUUCUCUUCCAGUCGUCCUAGUUACUUCAAUGCUACCCCCAUCACUCCUACUGCCAGCUCUGCCCUGGAAGACACCUGCAGCCAUUCUUCCCAGACAUCCGACCUCUCUUCGGGUUCUUUGCCUAACACACUUCCCCCAGUGAACCUCAGUGAAGGGCUUGUCACCACCCCAGUUCCUGCCCCUAUCAUUCCCACUGCAACGGACGUUGGUGCCAACCAGUGCCUUGGCCUGAGGAGUGGGGCGGACUCCUUCCUGCAGCCCUCCAACUUCAAUUCUGAGCCCCCUCUGAGCAGCCAGCCACAGUUCCUGUCUCCAUUCCCGGCUCUGGUGCCGCUCCUGCAGCCAGGUGUGCUGCCCCAGCCGCUGCCGCAGCAGACUGCGAUGCCUCUUAAUGCCAGCAUGGCUUCCCAGGGGUCCAUGUUUGCUGCUUCAGAGGUCCCAAAGUUUGGGCUCUGCAAAUCUUCGGUGAUCACUCACACAGCCUCAGCCACUCCGACGCACAACGUCCCAGCCACCACCUUCAGCCAGAGCCAGGCUGGCCUCCUGGCAACCCAGCAGCCAGGGGGAGGAGUGCCUUGCAGCCUGACCCUCCAGACUGCCGUGGCACAAAGGCAGCCUCUGCUGCAGCCACGUCCCACCUUCGCGCUCCCAGUGAUGAGGUCCAAGAAGCUGCAAAAGAUAGUGCCUGCUCAAAAGGCGGAAACUGUCUCCUUGGUCUUGAAAGAUGCCUUCAUUGCCCCAGGCCGAGAAUGUCAGGCCUCGCCAUGCCCUUCGGACCUCAGUGCCAGCCCUCAGUCCCCACAGAACAGCUGCUCAGGGAAAACUGCAACUGAUCCUCAGAUGACUGCUUUUAAGAGUCGCAGGAUGAAGCAUAUUUCAGCAGAACAGAAGCGAAGGUUCAAUAUCAAGAUUGGCUUUAGCACCCUGAACAGCUUGGUGUCAGCAAACUCUAAAUCGAUCAGCCAUGCCCUCACACUCCAGAAGACAGUGGAAUAUAUCGCGAAGCUUCAACAGGAGAGAUCCCAGAUGCAAGAAGAAGCCAAGCGCCUUCGGGAAGAGAUUGAGGAUCUGAAUGCUGCCAUCAUUUCUUGUCAGCAGCAGCUCCCUGCUACGGGUGUUCCCAUCACACGGCACAGGUUUGAUCAGAUGCGGAGCAUGUUUGAGGAAUACAUCAGGAGCAGGACCCUGCAGAAUUGGAAGUUCUGGAUUUUCAGCAUCAUAAUUAACCCAUUGUUUGAAACAUUCAACGGAAUGGUGUCUACAACCAGCUUAGAAGAGUUGAACCAGACAGCGUUGGCAUGGGUAGACCAGCACUGCUCCCUGCCUGUCCUGAGGCCAAUGGUUUUGAACACUCUUCGCCACUUGAGCAUAACCACCUCCAUUCUCUCUGACCCGUCUCGCUUGCCAGAACAAGCUACCGAGGCAAUGCGCAAGCUCAACAAAACAGAAACCUAACCAAAGGCAACACCGUGACCUCAAGCCGCGACAGACGCUCAAGCCUUACCGGGGCCCAGAGAGACUUCCUUGUGGUUGAUUCAGCUUCCAGAACAUGGGGGGGGGGGCCUUGGCACUCGGCUGAGAAAGAUGUGUGGCGGUGGGGGGAGCCAAGGGGGGGGGGACAAUUGUUAAAUGCUGUGCUUGGGUUUGGUCAAACGGGAAAGCCAACUCAGGUAAAUACGCAGAGCGAGAUAUCUGCACCCAGCAAUAGAAGCACUCCUUCAAUGCAACAUACUGAAAAUAUAUGCAGUGCUGAUGUUUUUCUGCAACUUGACCUCAGGCAUCAUGGCUCGGAGAUGGGGACAGAGGGGGCAGAGGCACCACGAAGAGCCGUGUGUUAAAAGGGAAAUGCAUUUCCAUCUUUGUGAAAUAUAACUUGCUUUUAUAUUUUGUUACUGGA